AUGGAGGCCGACGACGGCGGCGAGCUCCGCGUGGAGCGCGUCGCCGACGCGAACGUGAAGCUCCCGGGCAAGGCGUCCAUCCAGUGCGUGUCCUUCCACGGGAAGCUCGACCUGCUCAUGGCCGCGGGCUUCGACAAGACGGUGAGGUUUUUCCACGUCGACGGCCGCGAGAACGCGCUCGCGUCGCAGCUCCACGUCGGCGACCUGCCCGUGCACUGCGGCGGCUUCCUGCCCGUGGCCCGCGACUCGUCCUGCGUCGCCGUCGUCGCGGGGCGGCGGCCCUACUUUUACCGCUACGACGUCCAGGCCGGUGCCGCGACGAAGAUCGCGGGCCGGCCGCGGUCCAAGGACAAGUCCCUCGAGCGCUUCGCCGCGGCGCCCGACGGCGAGCUGCUGGCGUUCACGGGCCACGACGGCGGCGUGCUCCUGUGCGACGCGAAAAGGGGCUCGUGGCUGCCCGACGAGCUCAAGAUGAACGGCACGGCCCGCGCGGUCGCCUUCGGCCCCGCGGGCUCCCACCUGCUGUACUCGAGCGGCGGCGACGCCGAGGUCUACGUCUGGGACCUGCGGAAGAACCGCUGCGUCGAGAAGUUCGGCGACGCGGGCGCGUCGCCGACGUCCGCGUUGUGCUGCGCGCCGCGGCCGGGCACGCGGGACCACUGGCUCCACGUCGCCUCCGAGAGCGGCGUCCUCAACGCCUACGACCGCGCCGGCGUCGUCGCGCCGCCGGCGGGCUUCGGCGGCGGGGCGCCGGCGGCGCCCGCGCGCGCGGUGCUCUCGCUGACGACGACCGUCGACACCGUCGUCGCGUCCGAGAAGAUCGUCGCCUUCUCCUCCAAGUGGGCCAAGGACGCGCUGCGCAUCCUCCACCUGCCGUCGCUCAAGGUGUCGCCGAACUGGCCCACGUCGAAGACGCCCCUCCACUACGUCACGGCCCUCGCGCUCAACCGGGACUCGUCGCUCCUCGCCAUCGGCAACGACCGCGGCAAGGUCCUCCUCUACAAGCUUAAGAACAUCUAG